AUGGGGGGCCGACAGCACACUUCGGGCAUAGUGUUCGCCAUCUUCUUCUUCAUCGGCAUUGGAUCUUCACUGCCAUGGAACGUUUUCAUCACGGCGCAGGCGUAUUUCCAGCGCCGUUUGGCUGGCAUCACAUACGAGGACUCGUUUCUCAACUGGUUCAGCAUGGCCUUCAACGUCAGCACACUCAUGACGAUGCUUAUCCGCACAGCGGUCAUUGCUGAGCGCAUGGCAGGCGCCGUACGCACCGUUUUUUUCUCGCUCAUCGUCAUAAUGGGCGUCAUGUUCAUGCACUGUGCUUGGACGCGCAUGCCCGAGUUCCAUGGCUAUUCGUUCUUCCAGACGACCAUGACGAGCAUCUUGCUAGUUGCUUGUGCUUCGACAUUGAUGCAGGAAGGACUACUGCGCAUUGUGGCGACUUUCCCUCCUCAGUACACGCAGGCGGUGGUUAGCGGUCAGAGUUUCGCUGGUUUGGCAGUGUCGCUUUCGAACUUUAUUAUUUUGUGGGCGGGCGAAGAUGAUACAAGGCUUUUCCACAGUCUACAUGCUAACGCAGACUUGUGCGCGUUCCUGUACUUCGUGCUGGUGUUUAUUACGCUGGUGCUGUGUCUUCUGGCUUUCGCGAUCCUCACGCGGAUGGCGCUUUUCCGCCACUACCAGAGAGUCGAUCACCCAGGACACCAUCAGAAAGAAUAUUUUGACGAUGCAUCGAGUGAGACGGACACAGUGGAUACAUUGGACGCCUCGCCGCGAAAGCGCCUGCUGGAAGGUAUCGAUGGAGCAGCAGGUUCGAACAAGGUGGACAUGCUGGAGGUCGCCUUUAAGAUCCGCUUCUACGCUGCCGCGACGUUCUUCAUCUUCGUUGUCACGCUAGGCGUCUUCCCUGGAAUCACGUCUGCGAUCAAAUCGACACAGCCGGAGAAGGGUAUUCUCUUCGACAAGCUGUUCACGCCGUUUACGCUCAUCCUGUUCAACACGUCGGACUUUGUGGCGCGUCUAUCCGCGUCCUGGUGGCCCAAGCUGGGACAGAAGACGGUAUUGUUGGCCAGUCUAGCUCGACUGGUCUUCUUCCCGCUUCUGAUGCUCUGCAACCUGCAAAACAAGUCGCACGAGGUGAUCACGACGGUGUUCUUCCGCAGUAACGUGCUGGCCUGCUUGUUCAUGGCCGCUUGCGCCUUCUCCAACGGACUGCUGUGCACACUGGCAUUCAUGGAGUACCCGGAUCUUCUCCGUAAAAACGCCGAGAAAGAAUUGGGUGGCAGUAUCAUCUUCUUCGUGCUGUCCAUUGGCCUUACGGCCGGCUCGCUCAUGUCCUUCCUGGAAUAUCUCCAGCGCUACAUGUCCGGCGGUGGCGGAGACGCUAUUGAUGGCGAAAAGAAGAAGAAAAAGAAGGUCAAAAAGACCAAAAAGGCCAAAUCUACCGCAUUGGGUACGCGCGUGGUAGAUGCUGAUGAUACGUGGGAGCAGUCGGCACCCAACCGAGAAGCGAUCGAGAAAAAGUGGGAGAUGGACGCUGCUGAGGACGAGCAACCGUUGGUGGUGGCUGCGGACGGGGAGGAGCUCGUCGAUCCGCAAGAUCUACCGGUCUACGUGGACUCAGACAAAUAUGUCUCCACCGAGAAAGAGGACAGCGGGACGCUCUAA